AUGCAAGAAAUGCCCGAGUCUGCGGGAACUGCUGAUCAAAAAAUUGCUUUUGUCGCUGUUAAGUCACCACCUUUUUGGAGAGCUAAUCCAGAGUUAUGGUUCAGGAAAAUUGAAAGUCUGUUCACGCUUGCUGGAGUAACAACAGAGUCAACGAAAUUUCACCACGUAGUUUCUGCUCUGCAACCGGAGAAACUAGCGAUUAUCAGCGAUAUUAUUAUCAGUCCACCUGUAGAUGAGCCUUUCACCGCACUGAAUAAAAGAUUGUGCGCUCAAUAUGAUGAAUCUGAAGUACAGCGCUUAAGUUGUUUGAUUUCGGGAAUGCAACUCGGCGACCGCUGUCCUUCAAAAUUGCUUCUGGAAUUGCGGAAUAAAGCCGGUGCAAGAAUUAACGAUGAACUUCUCAAAUCUUUAUUUUUGCAGAGGUUGCCUGCUAAUGUUCAACAGAUUUUGGCUAUUUCCAACGAUAACCUAGACAAGCUGGCAGAGAUAGCUGAUGGUAUUAUGGCUCCGACAACUAGCUGA